CAGGAAGUGAGAUUUUUUUUUUGAAAAAGGCUAUCCUUUCCAAUCCGUCCGAGGAGAAAGGGCUAUCAUCGCUGGGAGGGGAAAAUGUCCAGUUGGUUGUGGAAAGAAACUUUGAUUUUGGCAGAAGAUUACAUCGACUUCUGUGUUGGAAACAAAAGGACACCUCCCAGCGAGCAAGCCGAAGCUAUGCGCCACCUCGCCAGCGAAAUGGAGCAGAAAUACCAAUGCAGAUUCCACUCUCUUCUGCAAACGUUCCUGGGGGCUUGUGGACCGGAGCCCAGCACAAGUUUGAAAAAGGUGAUGGUAGAGCUAGUAGGAGAUGGAAAAUUAAAUUGGGGAAGGGUCGUGUCUCUCUUCACUUUCACGGGAGUCCUGGCAAGGGAACUGUACUCCCGAGGAGAGGAUAAAGACUGCAGCAGAAGACUUGCGGAGACUAUUGCUGACUACCUUGGAAGGGAACAACAAGAUUGGCUGGUCCAAAAUGAAGGCUGGGAGGGAUUCAACAAGUUUUUCCGCAGGAGAGGGGAGGUGAGCCAGGAAUCGUCCAUGAAGACUGCACUGUUCGCUGCAGCCGGUGUGGGGAUUGCAGGGCUGACUUUUCUCCUUGUGCGCUAGUGUAGAAUAUCCCUUUUAUUUUCCUCCUUAUCUUACAAGAAUUGGUUGCUAACAUUUCAAAACUUUUUUUUUUUUUUGAAGUCAUGAUCACAGGUGCUCAUUUCAUGGGAUUUUUACCAGUAGGUUUGGUUCAGUACUUACAGCACUGCAUUGUUGCAUAGCCAGAUAAUGGAAGACUAAGUAAGGAAAGGACUGCUAUUGUAAGAUAUAUUCAGUUCUUUCCUCACUUUUGUAAUUGGCAUAUUUUCUAUCAUAAAUGAAUGUUGUAUUUUACAUAUUUGAAAGCACUGGGUCCGAAAUUUCUAAUUCAGAGCACCCUAUAGUUUGUAUUUUUGUGCUUGCACCCACAUAGAUCAAACAUUAACAUCAAAAUUAAGGGACACUCUUACCUUUUUUUUUUUUUCCUUUGGCUGCAAUUCGUAUAUGGAGUGAUUGACAGAUUUUAAAUGUAUGGAAACUUUUUUUUAGUUUAAUAAAAUUACAAAUUAAUAUAUUUAUAUGAAAUAAAAAAUGUAAACAAGCCCAUUUGUUGUUUACAAGCUACUUGACUUAUUUUGUUACAUCUUUUUUUGGAAAUCAUGUGUAGUUUGUUCUUCAAGGCAUAGUACACUUUCUGUUUUUUGAGGUCAUUCUAAUUUUGGUGUAUGCUUUUUGUUGGCCCGGACAGUUUUUGGGUGAGGAAGGAUAUUUUGGAUACUUGCAAAAGUUUCUGUUGACCUGCCAGCUUUUUAGUGGUGGGUAUAGGGGCAUUCGGGAGUUUCUGAGCCAAAUCAGGAAAAUAAAAUAAGCAACUUAAAAAGCAGCUUGUUCAGCAGUACUGUGUUUCCAGAGGCUAUUCAUAUGAGCAGUUUACUUUUAUUGCCUUUAUUCACUGUAAUAAAUCUAAAAAUCAGUUUGUAAUAUUGUUCUGGUAGGUCCUCCCUUCUCAGUUCUUAAGCUUUUCAGUAGUAAUUGUGUAGUAGUGUAGAUGCAAGAAGCUGUGUGUCAGUUUCCUUAAGUGGACCAAAAUUAGUGCAGGUUGUCAGAAACUACUCUAAGUAUGUAACAUAUCCUUCAUUGUUCACGAAAACAGUCUAGGCCAAUUGGAAACACGCACUAAACCUGAAAUCAUAUUUUAAAACAACCCAGAAAACGAACUGUGGUUUAAUAGUCAACAGUAGCAUCGGAGGUGCUCGUUUGUAAAAUGUCAAGAUUUUUUUGUGUAAUUGAACAGCAGUUUUAUCAUGACCAAAAUUAAAUGUUCCUCAGGCAACAUUCAACAUAUAAACAUUAUAUUUUUGCAUCACAUUAUUUAUUUAUUAAACACCAUUUCUUAAUAAAAAUAUGAAUGCAAACAUAAA